GAAUUCUCGUUCUCACAGUCACACAUAAACCCUCGACGGCAUUUCUCAUUUCCUCCUCUGCCUCGCAGCAUCACCUUCCCUAAAACCCCCACUCCUUCCUCCCUUCUUAAACCCUAAUCCCUCUCUUUAUCUCUCUCUCUCUCUCUCUCUUCCCUGAGCGUGCAUCUCCGAACAAGAUGAUGCACAUCGUUCUGCGGAAGACGUCAUCCUCGCCGAUCGCCUCGAAGCGCGCGCUCUCGGCCGCUCUGACCUCCCUCGGAACCCUACUUCACCAUCCCCAAUCGCUCGCCGCGUCCUCGGAUGGCGCGCUUGCCGGCGAGCCGAGUCAUUUCCCGGCCCACGGAGGGCUCCUGAGGCCGCCGUCGUGGUUCGGUGGCUCGGUGAGGGGGUUCCGCGCGGGUCCCGGGCCGUUGGGGUUCAGGGCUUCGGGGGUUUCGCAGGCCGAGUUCGCUGUCGACGAUUUUGCGCCCUACGACGAGGAGAAAUCGCCGGCGGGGAGUAGUAGUGAUGAAGGUCUCGAGAUUGCGAAGCUCGGGAUUGCUCAGGAGAUCGUCUCUGCUUUGGCUGAGAAGGGCAUAACUAAGCUCUUUCCUAUACAGAAAGCUGUGCUUGAACCAGCAAUGCAAGGGAGGGACAUGAUUGCCCGAGCCAAAACUGGAACGGGGAAAACUCUUGCUUUUGGGAUCCCCGUCAUGGACAAGAUAAUUCAGUUUAAUGCAAAACAUGGGCGUGGGAGGAAUCCCUUGGCUUUAAUCUUGGCUCCAACAAGAGAACUUGCACGGCAAGUUGAGAAAGAAUUUUAUGAGUCUGCUCCCAAUUUGGAUACUAUUUGUGUUUAUGGGGGUACACCCAUCGGCGUCCAAAUGAGGAAGCUUGACUAUGGUGUUGAUGUUGUUGUUGGAACACCUGGUCGUGUUAUUGACCUGCUCAAGAGAGGUUCACUAAACUUAUCGGAAGUCCAAUUUAUUGUCCUUGAUGAAGCGGAUCAGAUGCUUGCAGUGGGGUUUGAGGAAGAUGUUGAAACAAUAUUACAGAGGUUGCCACAGAACAGGCAGAGUAUGAUGUUUUCAGCGACAAUGCCAACUUGGAUAAAAAGCCUCACCAGGAAAUAUUUAAAGGAUCCGUUGACUAUUGAUUUGGUUGGAGAUUCUGAUCAAAAGUUAGCGGAAGGUAUUUCACUCUAUUCGAUUGCAUCUGACACGUAUGGAAAAGCAUCAAUCAUUGGACCUCUAAUAACAGAGCAUGGAAAAGGUGGAAAGUGCAUUGUUUUUACUCAAACAAAAAGAGAUGCCGAUAGAUUGGCAUAUGCUAUGGGCAGGAACUUUAAAUGUGAGGCUUUGCAUGGGGAUAUUUCACAAAGCCAGAGGGAGAGAACACUUUCUGGUUUCCGGGAUGGGCAUUUUAAUAUUCUAGUGGCGACAGAUGUUGCUUCCCGUGGUCUUGAUAUUCCCAAUGUUGAUUUGAUCAUACAUUUUGAACUUCCAAACAAUUCAGAGAUUUUUGUCCAUCGCUCUGGUCGAACAGGGCGAGCUGGUAAGAAAGGAAAUGCGAUCAUCAUCUACACACGGGAGCAGACAAGGGCCGUGAAGCUUAUUGAGCGAGAAGUGGGAUGUCGAUUUAUCGAGCUUCCCAGUAUAGCUGUUGAGGGAGGAAGUGCAGAUAUGUUCAAUGACUUUGGUGGUGGCGGUCGAUUUGGCUCAUCUGGUGGUGGAAGAGAACGUCGUUUCGGUGAUUCGGGAUCUGGACGUGGUCAAAGAGGUUCAGACUUCGGUCGAUAUGGAAGUUCUAGCAACUCUAGUCGUUUUGGUUCCUUCGGUGGUCCUAGUACAGGUCUGUCUGGCGGAGGCUUUGGUAACUCAAACCGAUCCGGGAAUUUUGGUGGUUCUGGUUUUGGUCGCCCUUCAGGAUUUGGCAAUCGCUCCAACAGCUUUGGAGACUCUGGCUCGGGUCGCACUGGUGGAUUUGGCAACAAAAGUUCCACCAGGAGUGGUGGUUUUGGAGACAAUAAUUCUAGCCGAAGUGGGGGUUUUGGCGACUCUUAUUCCAGCCGUUUUGGCGGCUUUGGUGAUAAUAAAAGUUGAUGAUCUGUAAACUGGAAGAUCAUCCAAUACAGUUGAAGGUCGCAGGUGCCUAGAAGAGAUAUAAAGUUUUUACUGAGGUAAUUUAAUGCCAUUGACAUCAAAGCUUUCUGCACACAUUCUGUUUUGCUGGGAGGACACGGUCUCCGCAGGGACUUUUACUGAACCGAAGAGGAGAUUGGUGAAGUGGCGAAGUUAGUGUGAACUGCAUAGCGCUCUUUGUUGUCGAUAUCUAUUAUAUGUUAUCAUUUUUAUGGGGAAUAAACUGUAGUUGAGAUCCAACAUGAGAAAAAAGAGGUUUUCGUAUCUUUGUAACUUUUUUUUUUGUCUUUUUCGCAUCAGUAUUUAAACGUAAUUUCACUU